AUGGAUAAUAAAAUUCGAAUUAUAUUGGGCGCUCUUAAUCAAGAAAACGAUAAAGUACUCUUAAAUGAAGUCUACCAAUUGCUGAAAUAUGGUGUCGAAGUGCGCGAUGACUCUGUGGACGCUAUCCAAGCAAGUUGGUAUGUCUUAACUGCGGAAGUCGCUUUCGAGAGAGGCUAUCGAGCGUUAGCCAAGGACUGCUUGGAAAUGUUCUUCAGGAAAUCUCCACCCGAAGACCAAUUUCUUGGAAGGGGAUAUUUAUGCCAAGCUCAGCUUAAUGCGCCAGUAUCCAAGAAAGACACUGAAAAUUUGGAAGUUGCAGUAUCGUAUAUUACUAGGGCAAUCAAUUUUGCUAGAAAGACUACUAGGUAUCAUUUUCUGGUUUAUAACGCUUCAGUUAUUUAUUGGAAGUUUUGUCGGCCAUUUUUAACAGCUGGCCACAGACACCAUUUAUCAAAAUCUCUACAUAACAUAGUCAAAGCUUUAGAUGAUAUAGAUGAUAAAGAUUACGAAUGGAGAACUAAACUUCUGAUUGCUUUAAUUGAAUGCCACAUUGAUGCUGGAAGAAGAGAAGAUGCGAUCAAUGUUGCUCAAGUUGCUGCUAGUUUCACGAAAUCGCAUAUUCCGGAUACAUUUAAGGAUAUUUUCGAGUUACAGAUUGUGCACAGAUUGGCUGAUCCUCAAAAAUUAGUAAAAGAUGCAAAACUCGCUAUAAAUUUAAAUAUACUAUAUCGUAUGAAGAGAUUAAGACUCACAUUUGAAGGUAAAGAAGUACCACAAGCAGGGAAGACACCGGUGGAACAAGUUGAUAUUGAUUUAGGCAGAUUAAUAAAGCGAAUCUUACGCGAAGAAGACAGUAGUGCACCAAGUGGGCGAAAGAGUGUAACCCCUGGAGGUUCACUGACCCAAGAAGAACAAAUCAAAUUUCUGCUAGAACUUGCAGUAGAACAGAAGAGUAGAAUAGUACAGACACUAUUGCUGUUAUCGAUCGAUAAAGAUUAUGGCUUAAAUGGUGGGAUGAGUUUGAAGAGCGAACGUACGGAAAUCCUGAAAACAUUAAUAAAUAACAGUGGUUUAAAUAUAACGCAAGAAGACAUUAUAUUUCUGAAACCAGAUGAAAAUGGUAUGAAAUAUAUAGCAGAUAAAUUACACAUACAACUCCGGGCACAUGAAGUAGAACUGGCUAUGACAAUAGACAACAUGAAACCGCAAUGUGAUGAUUGUACGCUAGUUAGUUAUGGUAUGGUUGCGUUACCUAAAUUUAGUAGUAUGCCGUAUUUCUUUACAUCUAAUGUCCGUGAUCUACAUCAAUAUUCCUCUGAACAAUUUCCGUUCAUUAGUAAAGAUCUUAUAACAUCAGAUAAAUGCUUUAUGUGUUUGCAAUUGGCUGAUGUGUUACAUCAACAAUACUCGUUUUCUAUCCCAGAUAAUCUAUCUACGUUCACAAUUGUUAGUGGUGAUUAUAACAUCAUAGACGUACGCAACGUCUUGCCUAUAUGUAAGCAUGCAUAUGAAACAACCAUUGCACGACAUGAUGUCAUUGACAACAACUUUUAUUGGAACAUAUAUAAGAACAUGUAA